CGGGCUCCCAGGCUACCCUUGCUCCUUCGUUCCCUGCUCCCAGCAGUCCCAGGAUCCCUUCACGACCCAGUCGCUCGCAACCAAGUCUCUGGACGUCAAGACAACUGCUGGGCAACGCUCUGGACAAAUUGGUCGUCAAAUUCGCUCGUUCUAGCACAUAGCCGAUACACUGAUCCUUCACGAUGUGGUGCGACAACUGUCUUCUGGUUCUGCCUCUGCGCCAUGGAGCUAUGGCUUGGGCAAUCGUCAUGGCUCUGUACAGUAUAGCCGGAGGCGUUUUCCUGCUCAUAUAUGGCGAAUACAUCUUCUUCACCUCUCCUGAAUGGUCGAUCUACGGUGGAAUUGGCCUCGGCGUUGGCGCCGUAGCAGUCAUCAAUAUGCUCGCUCUUGCCAACCGAAGCUACAUAUGGACCCGCGCAUGCAAAUUCCUAUGGCCAUUCGUCAUCGUAAUUUCUGCAGUUCGAGCCAUCAUCAUGAUCGUCGAGCUUCAACGCGGAAAGGCAAAGUUCAUUUGGGAAUGCGAGAACGGGAAGCAGCUAUGGCCUGCGUCGGCGGCCUUGGGCUACGGCGGAACGACGAGUAUGCCAUCCGUGCUCUGCACCGCAGGGUUCCCGAGCCUCUACAUCAUCUUCAUCGUCGCGCUACUGGUGGACCUUGUAUUCCAGAUGUACAUGUUCUUCAUGACAUGGCGGUACCAGAAACUUUUGGAGCAUUACACGAGCAUGAAGCCCUCGAUCGGCGGUUAUUACAACGCUUGAACAACAGAACACCUACGUCCGGCUCGGGGACAUUUCAUCUGCCCAUUGAACAUUGUUUCGCUUUUGGCCUGUCUUUGCGCUGCCCUCAUUUUCCCGCCCUGUUUUGGGCACGUCACGACCACGCUACGACUUACGACCCCUUAAUGACUGACUUAUUGCGCUAACUCGACGACAUCUCACGACUGUUCUUACCUCGCCUUCCUGAUACCUGCUAUUGUUUUUACCGCGCGCUACACUGUGUCUUUCCGUGUCGUAACUGCGAGCGCUUGCAGGGCGCUCGCGGGAACAAUUACAUUGCUACUUUGAAUGC